CCGCCCCCUGGCGAAGCUGAGCUGGCUGGAGGGGAGGCUGCCGAGCGAGGGCUGGAGAACUAUUUCCAGGCACCUGACCUCCUACCAUGUCUGACCCCAUUACACUGAAUGUUGGGGGGAAGCUCUAUACAACCUCACUGGCAACUUUGACCAGCUUCCCUGACUCUAUGCUGGGUGCCAUGUUCAGUGGGAAGAUGCCCACCAAGAGGGACAGCCAGGGUAACUGCUUCAUUGACCGUGAUGGUAAAGUGUUCCGCUAUAUCCUCAACUUCCUGCGGACCUCUCACCUGGACCUGCCUGAGGACUUCCAGGAGAUGGGCCUGCUACGCAGGGAAGCUGACUUCUACCAGGUACAGCCCCUGAUUGAGGCCCUGCAGGAAAAGGAGAUAGAACUCUCCAAGGCAGAGAAGAAUGCCAUGCUCAACAUCACGCUGAAGCAGCGCGUGCAGACAGUCCACUUCACCGUGCGGGAGGCACCUCAGAUCUACAGCCUGUCAUCCUCUAGCAUGGAGGUGUUCAACGCCAACAUCUUCAGCACAUCCUGCCUCUUCCUCAAGCUCCUCGGCUCUAAGCUCUUCUACUGCUCCAAUGGCAAUCUCUCCUCCAUCACCAGCCACUUGCAGGACCCCAACCACCUGACUCUCGACUGGGUGGCCAAUGUGGAAGGCCUUCCAGAGGAAGAGUACACCAAGCAGAACCUCAAAAGGCUGUGGGUGGUGCCUGCCAACAAGCAGAUCAACAGCUUCCAGGUCUUUGUGGAGGAGGUGCUGAAAAUCGCUCUGAGUGACGGAUUCUGCAUCGAUUCUUCCCAUCCACAUUCACUGGACUUCAUGAACAAUAAGAUUAUUCGGUUAAUACGGUACAGGUAAAAAGGCCCUAGCCACACUGGGGAAGAAGUCCCCAAGAAGCUUGUGUCAGCCAAGGCUUUGAAGAGAGUGUCUCACCAGUGGCACAAGGCGGGGACCUAUACUAAUCUAUAUUAAUUGCAUAGCAGGACUUGAUUCUACAUGCUGAAGUCCACCUUCUGGAAUCCACAUGUCCUCUAAACAGAACCACCCUUUCUUGGCAUUUUGAGCUGGUGAUGGGUAGUUGAUUAUGACAAGUUAAAAGUCAGCUGAUACAUACAAGAGGAGCCAACAGGAGAAAACUCGGGCUGGAUCAAAGGAAGAGCAGUUUUCUCAUGGGUUAUCACCAUACUCUCAGUCAGUAUCUCACUUACCCAUCUCCAGAGAGAGCGCUGACUGCCAAGGGGUAGGGUGGGAAUAAGAGGCUCCUUUGAGUUUCCUAUGAUGUAAAUAUACAGCAAAUCCUAUCAUACCUGCUCUUUGUUUUGGAGGAUGUGUCCAGGUACCAGGACACCUUUGCCCAAAGGCAACCAUGUUUGGGUGGUUUGGAAUGCAAUAUGCUCCCAAAACCCUUUGUGGCUCCACUCAGGGAGAAAGUAAAGUUGUCCCAUGCCCUAGAGGAGUGAGUGUCCAAGCAGGAAGGGAUGAUCCUCCUGAAAAGCCUGAAUUGAAGGAUUCUUUGCUUGAGAAAGUGGUUAUUUUCCCUGCAAAGAUGUGAUAGUAUUGGAGCCAAGACAAAGAAAGACGCAUCAUGAUCCAGCCUGUUGCUUGACAUGCAAAAUCCUUUUCCCAUGAAUUGGAAGCCUCACUGAAACACUAAUAUAUUAUGAACUCUCAGGGUUGGAAAAUAAUCCAGUAGUUUUUAGUUCUUCCCCUUCUUCUGGGACACCCCAGUACAUUUGGGGAUGAGUGCCUCUCCUUGAGUACCUCUAAGGGAUCACUUACACCAGCCUGCAUACCUACUGGUGACAGAAAGCUCAAUAUUCCCAGGGCAGCUCCUGCCAAGGUUGAGCCUUGCUGGUUAUUAGAAAUUUCUUUCAGUAUUGACCCACAAUCUGCCCUGCCAGGUCCACCUGCUAGGUCUUCUUUUCACACAAAUGUUUGUCCUUGCUUUGACUAGACCAUAUCAUUACUCAGAACAUAGAUGCCCUCUGCAGUUUGUCUUUAGAAGAAUUAGCUCCUUUCUAUCCUUAAGCCAACCCUCUUUUGUAUGACGUUGCCUUGUUCAUGGCCCCCAGUCCUUCAACUUUACCCACCAAUCAUGGCUCAGCAUGUUCCUAAUUAUUUCUGGCAGUAGAAGAUCACCGCCUGAGGAGAUGUAGUCCAAGAGUGCUCCGUACCCCCACAGUGCCCCUAGAGUGAAUGCCCAGCCUUUAAUACUCUAUUAAGCAAGCAGCCUUCCUCGUCAUACUGUCUGGCCCUGACUAUCUGUGGGCCUCCCUACGAUACAUUUAAAGGCAAGAAACCCCAGACCAUUACUCCCCAACAGGCAAGGAGCCUUAUGGACCUCUAGACUGCACAUUGUGAUUCUUCUCUGAGAAUCCCACUCCCACUGGAGCCGAGUUCCAGACUCAGGCAGAGAAGCCCAGACAGGAUCCAUGGUGGGCAGAGCAAAGGGCUUCCUUCCAGUGUUACACCGUGUGCAUGAGGAGUUUUCAUGGUUACAGGCAAAAUCUGGUCUUGGGGCACUAAAGUCCUUUCUCUCCCCACAGCAGGACCCAGGUUCUCUGUGGCUGUCUUGAGCCACUGCACCAAUGGUACUCUGGAAGGUUCUUCAGAGAACCAACCAGGACAACAGAAGCUAUGAUCAUGGCCAAAUAAGUCAAGGAAGAAAAACAAAACCUUAGAAAUCAACACUGCCCUUUAAUUUUUUUCUCCAUAAAACUGCUUUCUACAUCAUUUUUGGUGCUUCCUAAUUCAGUAGCUUGACCUUAAAGCAAGUACAGAACCUGUGAAGCCACUAACACACUAUGUGACUGUGCAAGUCACUCACCUCACUGAGCCACCUCCAUUUCUUCAUCUGCGAAAUGGGCAUAUAGUAAUACAUAACCCUACCUACCUCACAGGACUGUUGUGAGGAUCAAACAAAGUAAUGUAUGUGAGAAUAAACAAUAAAUGACAAU